GCUUGCUAUGCACUGCACCUCUGCAAGCCCCCGUUGCCUGCAUUGCCCGGCCCUCGGAACACUCUAGAACAGCCCCACGGGCCUUAAAAGGCCGUUUAAUCGCAGCCAGCUCAAUCCAAUCCCUUGGAUCCCCCCACCAAAUACCGUAGAUCGAUCUCUAUUCUGUAGGUUCUCCAAAGUCGUCGUCUAGUCUUCUCAGACCUCGCCGCAGACGCAAAGUCGACAUGGCCGCCGCCGCCGCGUCGGAUCUGGAAAGCAAGGCGAAGGAGGCGUUUGUCGACGAUGAUUUCGAGCUCGCCGCCGAGCUCUACACCCAGGCCAUAGAGGCCGGGCCAGCCACCGCCGAGCUGUACGCCGACCGCGCCCAGGCGCACAUCAAGCUGGGCAGCUACACUGAGGCUGUAGCUGAUGCCAACAAAGCAAUCGAACUUGAUCCUUCGAUGCAUAAAGCGUACUAUCGGAAAGGAGCCGCAUGCAUCAAGCUGGAGGAAUACCAAACUGCUAAGGCUGCUCUUGAAUUGGGUUCUUCCUAUGCAUCUGGUGACGCGAGGUUUGCUCGUCUGAUAAAGGAAUGUGAUGAUCGCAUUGCUGAGGAGGCUAGCCAGGUGCCGGCAAAGAAGGCUACUGCUGUUGUUCCAGCUGCAACUUCUGGGGCUACAACUGUGGCCACUCCUGCUGAGGACAAAGAGGAUGGUGCGAACAUGGAGAAUUCACUGCCAAAUGUGGAAGUGCCAAGCAAGCCCAAAUACAGGCAUGACUUCUACAAUAGUACCACAGAAGUGGUACUGACAAUAUUUGCUAAGGGUGUUCCAGCUGACACUGUGGUUGUUGACUUUGGUGAACAGAUGUUGAGCGUCUCAAUUGAACUUCCUGGUGAGGAACCAUACCAUUUUCAGCCUCGCCUGUUUGCAAAGAUUAUCCCAGAGAAGUGCAAAUAUUUUGUAUUAUCCACAAAGGUUGAAAUACGCCUAGCAAAAGCAGAGCCGCUUACAUGGACAUCGUUGGAUUAUAGCGGUAAACCAAAGGUCCCUCAGAAGAUAAACUUACCUGCUGAAUCAGCCCAUAGGCCAUCCUACCCAUCAUCGAAACCCAAAAAGGACUGGGAUAAGCUGGAGGCUGAAGUGAAAAAACAGGAGAAAGACGAAAAACUUGAUGGGGAUGCUGCAUUGAACAAAUUCUUCCGUGAAAUUUACAGUGAUGCUGAUGAAGAUAUGCGAAGGGCAAUGAUGAAGUCUUUUGUGGAGUCAAAUGGAACCGUUCUCUCAACCAACUGGAAAGAUGUUGGUACAAAGAAAGUUGAAGGAAGCCCUCCCGAUGGAAUGGAACUGAAGAAGUGGGAGUAUUAAUGAACUCAGAUAAUCCAUGUUGUAAAUCCUGGUCGUGUGUCAUGCAUGACUUAGCUGCAAACUUGCAUGUCAAUGUUGGUGGAAUUAUGUGUGUUGCUCUUCAUUGUUUCCAUAUUGUAAGCGGUUUGGUUGACAGGAUAGAUUUUCAGUACUAUCGUAGUUUUUGCAAGACACAUCUGGUCAAUUAGAGUCUUCUAUACCUGUGUUUCUGCGGUAUGAAGUGCAGUCUGGUAUCUGGUACGGCAAAACUAUAAUCUGCGAAUUCUUUUGCUUUUUCUAAUGUAACCAUCUCAAUUUAUUCUAAUAUGUUAUCUUGA